AAGGAACAAUUCAACAAGGGCCGCUUUCGAGAGGAAAAAAAAAAAAAAGCCCAGCCGAAAAGAGCCGACUAACCUCAGGCUACCUGAAGCUAAAGCGCCCGGAACCGGGGCCAUGGCGUCGGAACAGUGUUCACAGAUUGAAGCCGAACUCUAUUUCCUGAUUGUCAGAUUUCUUCAGUCGGGACCGUGCAAAAAAUCGGCACAGACUCUGCGCGAGGAACUGGAAGAGUAUGAGAUCAUCCCGGAGCGCUGGAGCUGGGACGGAAAACGCUACAGGAGAAACUUCCAGGAUUGGGUGGCACUGAAUCAGCACAUCCCAGCAGAUUACCUGUUGCGUGUGUGUGAGCAGCUGUGUCCGUUAGUGGACACACACAUCCCUCCGAGUGUCCCCGGACUCCGCAGUCUGCUGGGGAGUGGCCGACAGUCUCUACUGCGUACUGCCAGGAGUUCUUCUCACACAGUAUGGACAGGUUCUGCUGUAGUUGCUCUGCACAGGGGGCGACCCCCCGAACCGCCAGUCAACUUCCCCAAACCUCCAAAUAUCGUGUCAAUCAUAGGCGGUCGCCAGGCAACUGGGGUGGCCCGCCUGGGUCACGUCCUCCCUCCCUGCACCUACCAGCACAUGAAGAUGCACAGGAGGAUUCUGGGACACCUGUCCUCCGUGUACUGUGUGGCCUUUGACAGAACGGGCUGCCGCAUCUUUACGGGUUCAGACGACUGCCUGGUGAAGAUCUGGGCGACAGACGACGGGCGUCUCUUGGCGACGCUGCGCGGUCAUGCGGCCGAGAUCUCCGACAUGGCGGUGAAUUACGAGAACACGCUCAUUGCUUCAGCCAGUUGUGACAAGGUCAUCCGUGUGUGGUGCCUCCGAACCUGCGCACCCAUCACUGUCCUCCAGGCGCACACCGCCUCCAUCACCUCCAUACAGUUCUCUCCAUCCUCUUUCGGCUCAAUGCGCUACCUGGCCUCGACAGGAGCCGAUGGCAUGGUCUGCUUCUGGCAGUGGAACAGCCUCACCAUGAAGUUCUCCGACAGGCCAGUGAAGUUCAUCGAGCGGUCUCGUCCUGGGGUUCAAAUCUCCUGCUGCUCUUUCAGUACUGGUGGGAUGUUUCUGGCCACUGGAGGGACGGAUCAUGUGAUCAGGGUUUAUUACCUGGGUGGUGAGACCCCUGUGAAGUUGUCGGACCUGGACUCACACACAGAUAAAGUCGUUGCCGUGCAGUUCUGCAACAACAGUGACAGUCUACGCUUUGUGAGCGGCAGUCGGGACGGAACGGCCCGGAUCUGGCACUACCAGCAGCAGGAGUGGAAGAGCGUUGUGUUGGACAUGAGCACCAAGCUGCCUGGGAGCUCCACAGCAGCAGUGGAGGACAAGACCACCAAGUUGGUGGUUACCAUGGUAGCAUGGGACCGCCGUGACCGAACAGUCGUCACUGCUGUUUCCAACUUGCUCCUCAAAGUCUGGAGCACUACAAACGGCCAGCUGCUACAUGUGCUCUCGGGUCACGACGAUGAGGUCUUUGUCCUGGAGCCCCACCCCUUUGACUGGCGUAUCAUGCUGUCAGCAGGCCACGACGGCAACAUCUACAUCUGGGACCUCAGCAAAGGCGUCAAAAUUCGAAACUUCUUCAACAUGAUCGAAGGUCAGGGUCACGGAGCGGUGUUCGACUGCAAGUUCUCGAUGGAUGGUCAGCACUUUGCCUGUACGGACUCGCACGGGCAUCUGCUCAUCUUCGGCUUCGGCUGCAGCCAACCCUACGAGAAGAUUCCAGAUCAGAUGUUCUUCCAUACGGAUUUCCGGCCCUUGAUCCGCGACUCCAAUAACUAUGUCCUGGAUGAGCAGACUCAGCAGGCGCCGCACCUCAUGCCACCGCCAUUCCUCGUGGAUGUGGAUGGGAAUCCGCAUCCUCCAAGAUUCCAGCGUCUCGUACCCGGCCGAGAGAACUGCAAGGAGGAGCAACUGGUGCCUCAGCUAGGCUACAUGGCUAACGGUGACGGAGAGGUGGUGGAGCAGGUGAUUGGUCAGCAGACAGCAGAUGAGGGUCAGGAAGAGAGCCCAUUGGACAGUUUGAUCCGGCAACUUCAGCACCAGCAAGACGAGAGACUCAACUCAGGAAAUCAGGCUGGAGGUGGUGAAGCAGCAGGUGGUCCUUUGUCGCCCCCUAAUGUCGGCCUGCGCAGGAGCGGUCAGGUGGAAGGCGUUCGACAGAUGCACAACAACGCCCCCCGCAGUCAGAUGGCCACGGAGCGAGACCUGCUCGCGUGGAGCCGCCGUGUGGUCGUGAAUGAAAUCCCUUCAGGAGUGUUCAGGAUAAUGGAGCAGAGUCGACUGGCUAAAGGAGAACUGGAGCGAUCUCUCUAUCACAUGGAGAGGAAGAAAAAGCCUGUCCAUACGACUCGAACGGAGCCGGUUGCCGCUUCAGCGCGCUCUCUGCGGAGACCUCAGAGAAAACAGCAGCAGAAAAGACACGCGUAUCACACGCGGUCAGCUCGGGAGAGGAGGCGCGCGCACACGCUCACCAACACACACGAGGACAGCAUCAGCGAAUCAGACAGCGAGGCAGAGCAGGAGGAGGAUCAUAACGAGAACAGUGAUGCGUUCUCUGAAGGUGAAGCUCAGUGGGAGAACGCCAGCAGCUCAAGUGACUCCUCCAGCGAGUAUUCUGAUUGGACGGCAGAUGCAGGGAUCAACCUGCAGCCGCCCAAACGACCAAUCAGAAGGCCGGCACGUAUUGCCAGGAGCAGCAGCUCUGAAGAUGAAAGGGAGGGGCGAAAAGAGGGGGAGGAGCGUCGCAAGGACGAAGAGGAGGAGGAGGAGAAAAAGAAUCCCAAACAAACUAAACAGAAGGUGGUUCCUGCCGGUGAGCUUGAAGAGUGGCUUCCCCCACCCUGGAUAAUGGAGACGAUACCCAGGCGGUCUCCAUUUCUACCUCAGAUGGGGGACGAGUUGAUAUAUUUCCGGCAGGGUCACCAGGCGUAUGUGCGGGCGGUGCGUCGUGCCAAAGUCUACAGCGUUAACCCUCAGAAACAGCCUUGGAACAGACUGGACCUCAGGGAUCAGGAGUGUGUGAAAGUGGUGGGUAUUAAGUAUGAAGUGGGUCCGCCCACACUCUGCUGCCUCAAACUGGCCUUCCUGGACCCGCUCUCAGGGAAGAUGACCGGCGAGUCCUUCAGUUUGAAGUAUCAUGACAUGCCCGAUGUUAUUGAUUUUCUGGUGCUACAACAGUUUUACAACGAGGCCAAAGAACGCAACUGGCAACCAGGUCAACAUUUCAGAAGUAUUAUAGACGAUGCCUGGUGGUUUGGAUCAGUGGAGAGUCAGCAGCCGUACCAGCCGGAGUAUCCAGACAGUCUUUUCCAGUGUUACGCUGUCAGGUGGGACAAUGGUGAGAGAGAGAAAAUGAGCCCAUGGGACAUGGAGCCCAUACCUGAUGAAGCUCCACUUCCGGAUGAGGUCGGUGACAGCGUCACGGUGACGGAGGAAGAGCUUCAGUCGCUGCUGUACCAACCACAGGAUGGAGAGUGGGGCGCGCAUACACGCGACGAAGAGUCUGAGAGAGUCAUCAAUGCCAUCGACCAGCUUUUCACACUGGACAUAUCCAAGGCGUUCACCUGUCCAGUGAAUCUGCGAGAUUAUCCUCUCUACUGCACUGUGGUGGCAUAUCCUACUGACCUCAGCACAAUCAGACUGAGACUGGUACACCGCUUCUACAGGAGGAUUUCAGCGCUGAUGUGGGAGGUUCGUUACAUCGAGCACAACGCCAGAACGUUUAACGAGCCACACAGCCCCAUCGUCACAGCGGCUAAAGCGGUCACUGAUCUCCUGCUGCGCUUUAUUGGAGAUCAGAGCUGUACUGAUAUUUUGGAGCUAUACAAUAAGGUCAAGACGGAGCUCAGCAGUGCUGCUGAAGAAGAGGAGGAAGUUGACAUUGAUUCUGACACUCCAGGCACAUCAACUGGCCAGAAGCAGUCCAGCCAGCCGUCUCAAAAGCGAGGUGUGGUGCUGGACGUGCGAGCGUGGUACGGUCAGUGCAAGGAGCUGCUCAGGAGGAUGAUCACCAGCCCCGACUCUGAACCCUUCCGCCAACCCGUGGAUCUCUUCACCUACCCGGACUACAGAGACAUCAUCGACACGCCGAUGGACCUGGGCACAGUGAUGGAGACACUGGUGGGAGGGAAUUACGAGAACCCCAUGGAGUUCGCCAAAGACGUCCGGCUCAUCUUCAGUAACUCCAAAGCGUACACUCCUAACAAGAAGUCCAGGAUCUACAGCAUGACACUGAGUUUGUCUGCGUUCUUCGAGCACCAGAUCAUCUCCAUCAUCUCUGAUCACAAGGUGGCCAUCCAGAACCAGAGACGCUGCCAGCAGAGACUGAGUUACAGCAAGAGACUGCAAAACUCCAUGCCAGAGAGCUCCAAAGGGAAGCCCAAGUCAGUUAAGAAAAUAAGACCUCCUCAGCAGCCCAACAGGACCCGCCCACGACGGCCCUCUGAAGAUACAAACCUCGUACUUGAAGACAGUCAGCCUUCAUCUUCCUCCCUGUCAGCACUGGCAUCCUCGUUAUCAGCUCAGCUGGCGAGCAACAGAGUCACACGCAGCAGAGCGCUGAGCAGGAGAGCAGACAUUCACUGCAAUGGGCCGCUGAUGAAUGGAGGUCGACCGUCACGCAGACUACCAGGACAGGGAGACAGUUCGGACUCCGAAAGCUCAGAAUCUUCAUCGUCGUCUUCGUCGUCGUCCUCUUCGUCCUCUUCCUCCUCAUCUUCGUCAUCCUCUUCCUCUGAGAGCGAAGUAAGCGACACCGAAGUGGGCACCUUCACCGAGGGCGGAGAUCACGACUACAGCAAAGCGUCCCGUCUCUCUCUGGCACACAAAAGCAAGAUGGCCACCUCUAGCUUUGCUGCCAAGGCCAAACGGAAAAGAAAAUGGCAAGAAGACAAAACGACCGAGUGCCUCAAACGUAUACGGAGGGAACUGAUGCGAGUUCAAGUAGCACAGGAUGAGGAUGAGGAGGAAGAUGAGGAUGAAGAAAAUGAAGAGGGGGAUCCCGAGGGUGAAGAAGAAAAUGAUGAUGAUGAGGAGGAGGAUGAAGAAGGGGAGGUGUCGGAAGAGGAGGAGGAAGAAGAAGAAGAAGAAGGGGAGGUGGAAGAAGAAGAAGGGGAGGUGGAAGAAGAAACGCGUCCACAAACGCAACUUCCUGCCAAGGGUCAAAAGUCGAGUCAGAGGACGGUGAAAACAGGGCGUGUAAACACCCGUAAUCAAGGGAGACGGACCGUAGUCUAUAACGACGACUCGGAGGAUGAUGCGCCUGCCGCUGACCCGCUCAAUCUGGGCACGUCGCGUUCUGGAAGGAUCCGCCGCAUGACCGAGCGAGCCAGGGUCAGCCACCUGAUGGGCUGGUCACACUGACCUCUGACCUUUUGGACAUUUUUAAAGCAACCUCAGACAUUCAGACUUCACUACAGCAAUACUGCAGGGAAUUUUUUGUAGCUGUUAAUGUACAGAUUUUUUUUUUCUUUCUUUUGUUAAUGAGACUUUUGUUUACGACUCUGGAGCUCGUGGUGCUGACUCCGUCUCGCUCUGGUGUCCGACAAACCAAAUCAGCCUUACUGUGGGCCAGAGCAUCGAGGAGUCUCCCUGUCUCUCUCUCUCACUCUCACACACACACACACACACACGCGCGUCUUCUCUUCAGGCUUCAUUUGCCAACGUGGUGCUUUUUAAAUCAAGUCACUGUCCUGCACGUAGGAUGAUGGUGCUGUUCUCUCUCGUUCUCUCUGUCCCCCCCGUAUUAAUAAAUGGUAUUAGCCAGCUAGCAAAGGUUUAAAUCCCAAACCACAUCCUGCUCUACAAAACAGUCACAAUAAUCACUUUAAAUUUCAGUAUCAUGUUUUGUACACUUGUAUUCGGUUUGGGAAGUGACCUGAGAUUUUCAUUCCCUCAAGCUAGCUGCUUCUUUUUUGUACCAAAAAAUGUACUUGUUUCCUUUACAGACUGUUCUCUUGGAUCCUCUUGCGCUCUUCCUUCCUUUUCUUUAUCCAUUUCAUUUUUUUUGAAGCAAUUUAACAAUCAACAGGACUCAUGGUGGUAAGAUGAAUCAAAUAACACCACAGUGAACUAACAUCCACCUACCGUAGCUACUCUAGUGACCUCAUUGAUUGUUAGCAGGUUCUCUCUUUUGAUUGGUUGAAAUCUCUCAUUAAUUUAAAGUUGGAUGGAUCAGUGAACUCGUCCACUUGCCUUCCUCUGUUAAUUAAUGUGAAAAAACCUCAAGGCGAUGUCCCAAAUCUCAUUCCCUCAUACAGCGCUAUGAGUCAAAAUGUUGUAUGGUGUGUUGUUUUUUUUUAAUUAAGUGUAACGAGGUUAAAAUGUCAUCGUGAAGCAGUGAGAUUUCCAAGAUCCAGAUGCCAUUGGCUGUUAACCUCUGAAUUAGCAGUUAAUUUGUGAAUUUAAAUACAAACCACAAAAUAACCCACACCUCUUGCUAAGUGAGAUUAUCUCCCAUAAAACCUGCUAAACGGACAAAAAAAAAAAAAGGCGCGUCUUAAACAACAUCUCAGUGGUUUAAUAUCGCACAAUUUGGAACACAUCCGACAGUUAAGAUAAAACAGGCAGGCGGUGUGGAAACAAGAUGAGAUCAGCACAGUUGAGGAAACGUCCAAUCAGCUUCUUGUUACUAUGCAGAAAAAUGAAGAGGUGCUCUCUGAUUGGUCCAAACCUCUGAGAGGAAUUUUGAUGGUAGUCAUGUCCAUCUCAACACUUGUACUCAGUUAAAUCAUGCACUCCCCUUUACUAAAUCUGAUCUCUGCUUUACCUGUGGUGUAAGGCCUUGUAGCAAAAGGGGUUUUUUGGGUUCCCCCCACACACACACGCCAUAGUGCCGAGUCCGCCAUUUAUAUUAAUACGGCAGAAUGCCAUUUGGGACACAGCUGUUUAGUCAUGAGUCAUUUAGGGGUUUUAACUCAAGUCCUCUUCUUUAUUUAAUGGUUUCUUUUCUUUUCCUCUUUUCUCUCUCUCUUUCUCUCUCCCCUACCUUCGAAUCUGGGGUCUGUCCCAAAUGCCAGUCUCGCUAGUAUUCUUAGUGGAACAUUGACCAUUUUCCAACAUGUCGUCUUCUAUGGUUUUCUUGAUGCUUUUUAUUUAUUGGUCACAUGGUGUCGUCUUGGUUGUGUCCCAUGAUACACUGCAAGUGUGUAUUAUUUCAGUAAAAUUAGCAUAAAUGUAGCCAAUUUAAUCAGCGUUGUAUAAUUAGACAUCGUGGUGAGAAUGCUAUCUUGCUAGCCAUUGAUUGCAAGCAACAUUAGCUUAGCCAGCCUGUUAAACACAGCAGUGCGGGCACAUUAUUUAUUAAUUCAUUUGCGAACAUUUUAGCAUUACCUCUUCUCCUCUUUGUAAUUCUCAUAAGAACUCUGUGUUUCAAUACUAGCAUUUGGGGGACACCCUGGAUAAUUUUAUUUCCCCAAAAAUCUUCCAAGAUGCAUUAACUCCUUCCAGGUCAUGCAUGACCUUGACUUCUUGCCCGUAUGAGCAUCGAGCGCAUCGAUACACCGACUGUCUGCACACACACUGUUUUUACCAUGGAGUAUAUUUAUAUUUGUACUAUACACUCUCACACUUUGCGAUUCAUACUUAUCAACUGAAACCGAUCCGAUGAUGUUUGCACAUGUUACGGCAGCUGAUUGGUCACAAAAAGGAGUUUGGGUGGGCGGGCUCUAAAUCCUGGCUCCUCAUUGGUCGAGAGUCUUCACAGACCAGAGCUGGGAAAAACUCGAAGCAUCAGAAGGAUGAAUGUUUUUGAUGGGAGGGUGGGUGUUUUUUGUUUUUUAAAUGUAUAGAAUAACUUUGUUUUAUUUAAUGUCUGAGAGCAGGAAGUGGUGCCAAUCUAAGGACUCUAGAUCUGAUGGAUUGCCACUCUUUUGAUUCAGCAGGGAGGGUUUUUUUGUUUUUGUUUUUUAAUAAAUGGUGUUUCUUUUUGGUGGGCAGGUUCGUUUUUGGGGUCUGUGGGUGUUACAGAUUGAGAACUACAUGUACACAAGUCAUUUGAACUGGAUCCUUUUCCUAUUUAUGAUGUAACUUAUUUAAUCUGAGUCUCUUCGACGUCCCUGUGGUGCACUCACUGCUCCUUGGCGUUGUUUAUUGUAUUCUUUGGGUUCUCAGUAACCAAAAAAACUUUUCAGAUAUAAUUGCUUUGUUGCUGAGGUUAAGUUUAUCAGCCAAUCAUGUGCUUGACAUUUGUUGGGUUUUUUGUUUUUGUUUGUUUGUUUGUUUUUAAGCCUGAUGUGCGAAGUUUAGAAAUAUUUCGUAAAACUAGCCAGCGACAUAAAUGCAGCACUAGUUAGCUUAGCUAACAACUAUAAUACCUCUCAUAUUUUUCAGUAGCUGUCAUGGUGAUAUCAUCAUGUGCUCAAAGUCGUGACUGGCUGAUGAAAUUGAAUGAGGUCCUCUCCAUUAUUUCAAAGUUGUUCUCUGUACAAGUGAACAAAAACCAAAAGUUUGGAAAUUCAUACGAGAGCACUACAGUGAGCAAACGUCCAAUCGGGUGGUUGGGCGGGUUUAAUCUGACAGAGCGAUGCUGUUGGUUGGUACCAGGCUCUCUGUGAUUGGUCAAAAUUUCUUUCAGUAAACAGCCUUUGGAGAAGAUUCUGACUUUGAGGAUUCAGUGAAAAGUUCAACCAAAAUGCCAAUCACACUAACUGAUUCUGAAUGCAAAAGAAAUUACAAGACAAUGAUACUUUUAUUUUUUUAAACGCCAUUAUUUAUACGAUGUAUCACGAUGUUCUUCAUGUUAUUACAGAAUGCAAAAUUUCUGAAAUACAAAGUGAAAGGAUGUACGUCUUUAAUUAAUUAUUAACUUAAAUGAUAAUUUAUUCCCACAAUAAAAUUGAAACCAUGCCAUGAGAUUAAAAUGUUAAAGAAAUGAAACCUCACUAUACAAAUAUCAGGUCCAGAAAGAACACUGAAAAAUAUCGAGUGUUUCUGGGAUGAUGUUUUUCAAUCAUUGUUUAUAAUAUGGCAAGCAUUUAAAAUGCAUUCCAAUGUCAAAGCGGUUUCACCUUGAAAGACUUUGUGGAACGGGAUUUGAAUGUAGUCGUACUUUCAGACAUUUCUGUUAGCUGUUCAUAUUCACUGUUUUUGUUUUUCCUUUCCCCCUUUUUAAAAAACGUUCAUCGACGUCCUGUUCUACAUGUUCAGUCCUCCUCAAUACUGUGAUAUUUGAUCAAUGAUGACCACCAGAAUUGCAAUAUUCUUGUCCUGUUUCUGCUCAAUAUGUCAAAUUGUGACCUGUCUCACUCCAGAAUCGAUCCAAAGACUAUUUUUGUUGUUUGUUGUCCGUCCGUCUGUCUCCCCACCCCACCAUUUCCCCGAUGUGUAACGGGCUGAAGGAAUUCAGGGCCAGUUCAUGUUGAUGAUGAAGACCUGGUGUAAGGUGUGUGUGUGUGUGUGUGUGUACGUACGUAUGUGUACUUUUUGUACACAGUUUGAGUGUUUUUUUUUUUAAAUAAAGAAAUAAAACUUU